AUAUCUGCUUCUCGCGAAGCCGAAUAAGAUUGAGGUUAGUUUCUGUGGGUUAGCUGGUGUAAUUUGACGCGGUUUGGCGUGUUUUUGUUUGGUCUAAAAGCGUCCUAAAAGGCAGGCAAAAUGACGAUCGGUAAAAACAACAAGAUGAUCCAGCACAUCAACUACCGGGUCCGAGUCACUUUGCAGGACUCGCGUACGUUUAUCGGCACAUUUAAGGCCUUCGACAAGCACAUGAACAUGAUUCUGGGCGAUUGCGAAGAGUUCAGACGCAUCAAGCCAAAGAACUCCAAAGUGGAAAGAGAGGAAAAGCGAGUGCUCGGUUUCGUGCUGUUGAGGGGCGAAAGCAUCGUUUCCUUGACGGUUGAAGGGCCCCCGCCCCCAGAAGAGGGCCUUCCCCGAGUGCCGAUUCCUGGGGCAGCGACAGGACCGGGAAUGAGCAGGGCGGCGGGCAGAGGAAUGCCGGCUGGGAUGAGUGGGGUGCCUGUAGGGCUCCAAGGGCCGGUGAGAGGAGUGGGUGGACCCUCGCAGCAAGUAAUGACGCCUGGCGGCCGAGGACAGCUGGCCGCGCCACCUCAAAUGGGACAAGGCCCGCCAAGGAUGGGCGGCCCUCCUCCAGGCAUGAUGGGAGGACCUCCACCAGGAAUGAUGGGAAUGCCGCCCAGUGCCAUGGGCAUGGGAAGGGGCGGACCGCCGCCACCUAUGCCGAUGAGAGGGCCGCCCCCUGGCAUGAUGAGGGGUGGACCUCCUGGACCCCCCAGGGGAUAUUAGACUAAUAUAAGGUAAAGAGGAUCCAGGAUAACGUUGUUUGAUAAUAUAUUCUCUUUGAGGGAACCUAAAUUUA